UCUGCGCAUUCUCUGCGCAUGCGCGGCUGUGCCAGCUGUCAGUGUCCAUCAUUGCCACAUCAAUGCCACAUAUCAGUGCCCAUCUGAGCUGCCUUUCAGUGUCACCCAUCAGUGCCACCUAUCAGUGCUGCCAAUCAGUGCCACCUAUUAGUGCCAGUCAGUGCCACCUAUCAGUGCCAUGUAUCAGUGCUGCCUUUCAGUGCCCAUCAGUGAUGCCUGUCAAUGCCCAUCAGUGCUGCCAAUCAGUGCCAUGCGCAUCAGUGCCAGUCAGUGCCACCUAACAGUGCCAGUCAGUGCCACCUAUCAGUGCCAUGUAUCAGUGCUGCCUUUCAGUGCCCAUCAGUGA